AUGGAAUCCUUCAAGAACAUGGUGCCCCAGCAAGCCCUGGUGAUUAGAGAAGGGGAGAAGAUGCAGCUGAACGCUGAGGAUGUGGUGGUUGGCGAUCUCGUAGAGGUGAAAGGAGGCGACAGAGUCCCAGCUGACCUAAGGAUCAUCUCGGCUCACGGUUGCAAGGUGGAUAACUCUUCCCUGACGGGUGAAUCCGAACCCCAGACCCGUUCUCCAGAUUGUACCCAUGACAAUCCUCUUGAGACCAGGAAUAUCACUUUUUUCUCUACCAACUGCGUCGAAGGCACAGCACGCGGGGUUGUCAUUGCCACUGGAGACCGGACUGUGAUGGGUCGAAUUGCCACCUUGGCUUCGGGCCUGCAAGUUGGCAAGACCCCCAUCGCUAGGGAGAUUGAGCACUUCAUCCAGCUGAUCACAGGUGUGGCCGUUUUCCUGGGAGUCUCCUUCUUCGUGCUCUCUCUCAUUUUGGGCUACUCGUGGCUGGAAGCUGUCAUCUUUCUCAUCGGCAUCAUUGUGGCCAACGUCCCUGAAGGGCUCCUGGCUACAGUCACAGUGUGUCUGACCUUGACCGCCAAGCGCAUGGCUCGCAAGAACUGCUUGGUGAAGAACCUGGAAGCUGUGGAGACCUUGGGAUCCACCUCCACCAUCUGCUCCGACAAGACAGGGACCCUGACUCAGAACCGAAUGACUGUGGCCCACAUGUGGUUUGACAACCAGAUCCAUGAGGCUGACACCACCGAGGAUCAAUCUGGCACGGCCUUCGAUAAGAGCUCCCCCACCUGGCUGGCCUUGUCUCAUGUUGCUGGGCUUUGCAACCGAGCUGUCUUCAAAGGGGGUCAAGAGAACGUGCCCAUCCUCAAGCGUGACGUAGCAGGAGAUGCUUCUGAAUCCGCCCUGUUGAAAUGUAUCGAGCUUUCGUCUGGCUCCGUGAAACUGAUGAGGGAGAAGAAUAAAAAAGUGGCAGAAAUCCCCUUCAACUCCACCAACAAAUACCAGCUCUCCAUUCACGAGACAGAAGAUCCCAACGAUAACCGCUACCUGCUGGUGAUGAAGGGGGCGCCUGAGCGCAUCCUGGACCGAUGCUCCACCAUUCUGGUCCAAGGCAAAGAACAGCCUCUUGACGAAGAAUUGAAAGAAGCGUUCCAGAACGCCUACUUGGAGCUUGGAGGACUUGGAGAGCGGGUGCUCGGUUUCUGCCACUACUACUUGCCUGAAGAGCAGUAUCCCAAGGGGUUCGCCUUUGACUGCGACGACGUCAACUUUUCCACCGAUAACCUCUGCUUUGUGGGACUCAUGUCCAUGAUUGACCCGCCCCGUGCCGCUGUGCCCGAUGCCGUGGGGAAAUGCCGAAGCGCUGGCAUCAAGGUGAUCAUGGUAACAGGUGACCAUCCCAUCACAGCUAAAGCCAUCGCCAAAGGUGUUGGAAUUAUCUCAGAGGGCAAUGAGACAGUAGAAGACAUUGCUGCCCGGUUAAACAUUCCUGUCAGUCAGGUCAACCCCAGAGAUGCCAAGGCUUGUGUGAUCCAUGGGACCGAUUUGAAAGACAUGCCUUUGGAGCAAAUUGAUGAAAUCCUGCAGAAUCACACCGAGAUCGUCUUUGCCCGUACUUCUCCGCAGCAGAAGCUCAUCAUUGUGGAAGGUUGCCAAAGACAGGGUGCCAUUGUGGCCGUGACUGGGGAUGGAGUCAACGACUCACCUGCCUUGAAGAAGGCAGACAUUGGAGUCGCCAUGGGCAUUGCCGGCUCGGAUGUCUCCAAACAGGCUGCUGACAUGAUUCUGCUGGAUGACAAUUUUGCCUCUAUUGUUACAGGAGUUGAAGAGGGACGCCUGAUUUUUGACAACCUGAAGAAAUCCAUUGCCUACACCUUGACCAGCAACAUCCCAGAGAUUACUCCCUUUCUGCUCUUCAUCAUGGCCAACAUCCCGCUGCCUCUGGGUACCAUCACCAUCCUCUGCAUUGAUUUGGGGACCGACAUGGUGCCUGCCAUCUCCUUGGCUUACGAAGCAGCUGAGAGCGACAUCAUGAAGCGCCAGCCCCGAAACCCCAAGAGUGACAAGCUGGUGAAUGAACGACUCAUCAGUAUGGCCUACGGACAGAUUGAAAACGGGUUCCUGCCCCCUGUUCUGGUUGGCAUCCGCCUUAAUUGGGACGACCGGUCAGUCAAUGACUUGGAGGAUUCAUAUGGGCAGCAAUGGACCUAUGAGCAACGCAAAGUGGUGGAAUUCACCUGCCAUACCGCCUUCUUCGUCAGCAUCGUGGUGGUGCAAUGGGCCGACUUGAUUAUUUGCAAAACCAGAAGGAAUUCCGUCUUCCAGCAGGGCAUGAGAAACAAGAUCCUCAUUUUCGGCCUCUUUGAGGAGACGGCCUUAGCCGCCUUCUUAUCUUACUGCCCCGGGAUGGAUGUGGCUCUCCGGAUGCAUCCUUUGAAGCCCAGCUGGUGGUUCUGCGCCUUCCCCUACAGUUUCCUCAUCUUUGUCUAUGAUGAAAUCCGUAAACUCAUAUUGCGCCGUAACCCAGGAGGAUGGGUGGAGAAAGAGACCUACUACUGA